ACUUUUGAUACUUUGGAAUCAUCUGAGUGAGAAGUUUUGUGUAAAGGCACUAACAAUGUGUUGGUGAUAUUCACGCGACUCUUAGAAGUCUUUUGUCUUUGGUGGUAAGCCAAGAGGGAGAUAUCACUAAGUAGACACAAAGAGAGCAUCUUUACACUAUAGGCCUCAAACUCAUGGAAAUGAAAUUUUUGUUAAUAUUCUUGUAAAUAUUUGCACAACCACAAAUGCAUGCUAAGUUUUCUUGAACUAUGACUAUUACUUUUUCUAUGUUUCACAUUUUUUUGAACCUUCCUUUCGUUUUUUUUUGAACCUUCCUUUUUUAUCUUUGGUUUCACAUUUGUAGAGUGUAGAUUCAUUUUUGGCUUUUUAGCUCAGAGUUGUUGAAUAAGAGGAAGAUAUUUAUUCAUCAGAUCUCUUUGAUUUAGUAAUCUUUGUGAUUCAUAGAAAGCUUCAAUCAAAUUUGAUGUUUCUUAUGUCGACAUCUCUCUUUCAUUUUUUCAAAUCUGUCUAAUCCUAGUUAUAUUUUGAACUUUGGAGUUAGUGGAAUGUUCAACUACAUUUGUAGGACUUUUUAGGUCCAUAAAGCCACACAAGUUACAAUCUGAAAGUGACCGAUCGGGUAAAAGAUGAGCACUACUUCGCAUCCAGAUUUGUACUUAUCUGAGCAUAAUCUAAACUUCACCAUCAUUUAAUUCUAGUUCUAUGUGUUUAUCGACUUUAUGCUAACAGCUAAAGCUUUGGUCGUAAGAGCCGAGUGACAUUAAAUGUCAUAUAUUUAUGUUCAUAUCGAUUAAGUUACGACCGAAAUAGUAGCUAAGUUCCUACGUGUCUUCUAUUUGUCAACUUAACGUGUCUUUUUGUGGUAACUUUAUUUGAAAGGAUCUUGAAGCACUAAACAAGAAGAGUCGACAUAGCGAAAUUUUAUCCAUUAUAAAGAGAACCAACUUUGCUUCUCCACAAACUCAUCACUCAUCAACGGUCCUCUCUCUCUCUCUCUCUCAAUCAUCAAUACACAAAGUUAUGGAGCACAACAAGAUUGAUACAGAGUUUCAAGAUUCAUACAACGAUCAACAGAAAUGGGUUCUUGAUUCUUCUCUCGAUAGUAGAGGAGAGAUUCCUGUUCGGGCUAGAACCGGAGCUUGGAGGGCUGCACUCUUCAUCAUUGCAAUCGAGUUCAGUGAGAGGCUAAGUUAUUUUGGGAUCGCUACGAGCUUAGUGGUCUACUUUACGACCAUUCUUCACCAAGAUCUUAAGAUGGCUGUAAGAAAUGCAAACUACUGGUCCGGUGUCACUACUUUGAUGCCUCUUCUUGGAGGCUUCGUCGCCGAUGCUUAUCUUGGCCGUUAUGCCACUGUCCUACUUGCAACCAUCAUCUACCUUAUGGGUUUGAUUCUGUUAACAUUAUCUUGGUUUAUACCGGGAUUGAAACCUUGUCAUGAAGAAAUGUGUAUUGAGCCAAGGAAAGCCCAUGAAAUAGCCUUCUUCAUUGCAAUCUACUUGAUCUCCAUAGGCACAGGAGGUCAUAAGCCAUCCCUUGAGAGCUUUGGAGCUGACCAAUUCGAAGAUGACCAUCCUGAAGAACGUAAGAUGAAAAUGUCUUACUUUAACUGGUGGAGCGCAGGUCUUUGCGCUGGUGUUUUAACCGCGGUGACUGUCAUCGUCUAUAUUGAAGACCGGAUUGGUUGGGGUGUGGCUGGUAUCAUACUCACCGUAGUCAUGGCUACAUCACUUUUGAUCUUUCUUAUUGGUACACCGUUCUAUCGUUAUCGAGCACCUUCGGGUAGCCCGCUGACCCCGAUGUUGCAAGUCUUUGUUGCUGCCAUUGCCAAAAGACAUCUUCCUUAUCCCAGUGAUACUUCUCUUUUUCAUGAGUUGUCUAGAGAAGAGUAUACAAAAGGACGGCUUCUUUCCAGCACAAAUAAUCUUAAAUUUCUAGACAAAGCAGCCAUUAUCAAAAACCGAGGAAGUGAAAAUGUUAUGGCCGAGAAGGAGAGCCCAUGGAAACUCGCAACGGUAACAAAAGUAGAAGAACUGAAGCUACUCAUCAAUAUGAUUCCAAUCUGGUUCUUUACAUUAGCCUUUGGCAUAUGCGCCACCCAAAGCUCCACAUUUUUCAUCAAACAAGCCAUUGUCAUGGACCGGCACAUCGGUCACAACUUCAUAAUUCCUCCAUCAUCCACGUUUGCCCUCGUAGCUCUCUCCAUGAUUAUCUCCUUAACAGUCUACGAGAGACUCCUCGUGCCUCUUUUAAGACGCGUCACAAGAAAUGAAAGAGGUAUUAGCAUUCUAAAAAGAAUAGGAAUCGGUAUGGUUUUCUCCUUAAUAACCAUGAUCAUUGCUGCUUUAAUUGAGCGAAAAAGAUUGGACUAUACAAAGCACCAUCACAUGGUCAUGAGUGCUCUAUGGUUAGCUCCUCAAUUCAUAGUUAUAGGUAUAGCGGACGCACUUACCCUUGUGGGUCUUCAAGAGUAUUUCUACGACCAAGUCCCUGAUUCAAUGAGAAGUUUAGGCAUAGCUUUUUACCUUAGUGUGAUUGGAGCGGCUAGCUUUGUCAAUAAUCUUUUGAUGACGGUUAGUGAUCGUCUGGCUGAGGCAAUCUCUGGGAAGAGCUGGUUUGGUAAAGACCUUAAUAGCAGCCGCUUGGACCGUUUUUACUGGAUGCUAGCCGCUUUGACCGCUGUAAAUAUAUGCUUCUUUGUGAUUGUAGCCAAAAGAUAUACUUACAAGAGUGUUCAAUCAAGUGUGGCUGUUGCUGACGGUGGCGAUGACGUCGAGAUGGCAUCGGUGGCUAAUACUUCAAAGUAUACUUAGCAUCUCUAUUGGUCACCCUUUUAUGUUUUUUUCGUUUUUCUGUUGUUGAAUAGUUUGGUGUUCUUAUUUUAGUAAAAGUAAAACCAUCCAAAAUUAUAUUAAAAAUUCAUAAACCAACCAAACAUAAAAUUUAAUGGAACAUCUAUUUUAAAUUUGAGAUAUAUUAUAUAUAAA